AGAUGUAUGUACCUGAACCUACAAACAUCCCCAUUGAGAAGACAAAUCAUCGAGGAGGCAUUGAACUAGAAGUACCAAACUGGCCAACACCGAGUGAAAAUGACAUAAUCCACAUUCACAGAGACAUGAAUCAUCUCCAAGGAGAGUACAGAAGUGGUGGUGGACCGCACCCAAGUGAAGAUGCAUCGGUUAGCUCUGUUGCCUUGGUGACAAUUCCAAUCACAAUAGCACUGUUACUGAUCAUCGUCCUUCUGCUUGUCAAUCAGAAAAAGCAGUGGAUUCCAGUGUCCUGCUACAAGUCUCCAACAAAGCCUUCUUGCCUAAACAAUCAACUGGUAUAUGUGGACUGCAAGAAAGGUACCAUGGUCCAGGUGGACAGUUCGCAGAGGAUGCUAAGAAUUGCAGACCCAGAUUCAAGAUACAGUGGAUUUUACAGCAUGCAGAAACAGAACAACCUACAAGCAGAUAAUUUCUAUCAAACAGUUUGAAGAAUUGCACCCUUACCAAGGAUUUAAGGA